UAUGGGCGCCAGGCCCGCUCCCCGGCAGCCGCCCCGCCCUUCCUGUUUGUGCCGGCGAAGCGCCGGGCGAGAAGGGGCUGCGGCGGAGUGCAGGUCCCGGCUGCUGAAGGUCAGAAUAAUUUACAGGAUCUAGAAGAAAUGCAUUCUUCAAAUCUGGAAGAGGAUACCAAACCUCUCCUGAUCCCUGUUGGAGGUGAUGAAAGUGAUUAUGGAAUCAUGAGCAUUCAGUUUAAUCCAGCAGACCUAAAAUGCAAGAGGCCAUUCCACGUAGAGCCUUCAAAUAUUGUUAGUGUGAAUGAUGACACACACAGAGUUACAGAUGAAGCCUCAGCGAUGAAUAAGCGGAUUCAUUACUAUAGCAAGCUCACUUCUCCUUCAGAUAGGGCACUGAUUGCUCCUGAUCAUGUACUUCCAGCGCCAGAAGAAAUUUAUGUGUAUAGUCCAUUAGGAACUGCUUUCAAAAUCGAUGGUUGCACUGAUGGUUAUGGCAAAAACUCCAGCAUAGUGACAAUAUUUAUGAUCUGGAAUACGAUGAUGGGCACAUCUAUACUAAGUAUGCCAUGGGGAAUAAAACAAGCAGGAUUUACCACUGGAAUCUGUUUGAUCUUGCUAAUGGGCAGCUUGACACUUUAUUGCUGUUACAGAGUUGUGAAAUCACGGACAAUGAUACCUUUAAUAGAUACCUCAAACUGGGAAUUCCCAGAUGUUUGCAAGUACUAUUUUGGAUCCUUUGGUCAAUGGUCCAGUCUUUUAUUUUCAAUGGUGUCUCUUGUUGGAGCCAUGGUUAUUUACUGGGUACUUAUGUCCAACUUCUUGUUCAACACAGGAAAAUUUAUAUACAAUUAUGUUCAUGACAUCAACAUAACAGAUCUUGUUCCUGGUACUAAUGGGAGUAAUAGAGUCAUCUGUCCAGGUACUGCCAAUGAGGAUCAAGGAGGCAACAAAAGUGGGCUGUUUCCUUUUGUCAACAACAGCACAGGUUUUGAGCUGUUUGAGGAGUGGUGGAGCAAAUCUCGAACUGUGCCAUUUUAUCUGAUUGUUGUUGUUCUGCCCCUUCUAAAUCUUAAGUCUCCCUCUUUCUUUGCCAAAUUUAACAUCCUAGGUACUGUUUCAGUUGUCUACUUAGUUUUUCUUGUUACUCUGAAGGCUGCACAUCUGGGAUUCCAUUUAGAAUUCAACUGGUUUACAGCUGAUGAAUUUUUUGUACCAGAGUUUAGAAUUCAAUUUCCUCAGCUCACAGGGGUCCUGACGCUUGCUUUCUUCAUUCAUAACUGUGUUAUCACGCUCCUUAAGAAUAACAAGAACCAGGAAAAUAAUGUGAGAGACCUUUCCAUUGCUUAUUUCCUGGUAGGAUUAACAUAUCUCUAUGUUGGACUGUUAAUUUUUGCUGCAUUUCCCUCUCCACCGUUGUCCAAAGAGUGCAUUGAACAGAAUUUUUUAGACAAUUUUCCCAGCAAUGACAUCAUGUCAUUUGUUGCAAGAUUGUUCCUGCUGUUCCAGAUGAUAACUGUGUACCCGCUGCUUGGCUAUUUGGCACGAGUUCAGCUAUUAGGACAUGUCUUUGGCAAUGUUUACCCAAGUAUUUUCCAUGUGUUGGUUCUAAACAUAGCAAUUGUAGGACUUGGAGUGACAAUGGCCAUAUUCUAUCCAAAUAUAGGAGGUAUCAUAAGAUAUUCUGGAGCAACGUGUGGUCUGGCCUUUGUAUUUGUGUAUCCAUCCCUCAUCUACAUGAUCUCCUUGCAUCAGUCAGGGCAGCUGACAUGGUCAAUGCUCAUUGUUCACAUCUUUAUAAUCAUCCUAGGACUGGCUAAUCUGAUCGCACAGUUCUUGCUGUGAAAACGCUCAUGCUGGCUUUCACAAGUAGUAUUUUGAGGUUUGACAACAGACUCUAUCAUAAAAGCUGAGAACCUCCUGUCUGUCAAUUUCUUCCUGAGAAAAUCUGCUCCUUUGAAAGCAAAGGAUAACUGUGUCCUAGUAACAGUUUUCAGGGGUUUGUAGGGAAUCACAUCUUUGGAAAUGCUACAUCACAAUAGACAACGUGGGCCAAAUUUGUAAAUGGCCCAACUCCACUGACUUUGAAAGUACAUCAGGGAUGAUUUUGGCCAAAAUGUUUUUAUUUUGUAGAGAGAAAUAUUUCCACACGGAUAAAACAUGCCGCCCUUCACUUUUAGAAGUAGUUACUUUUCAGCUUUAUGCUACAGAAUUCUUUUCUUCCUGCCCUUACUAGCAAACAAACCCUCGCAAUAUUCUACAGUGACAGUUGCACUAAUUUUCCUAUGCUGUUUUGGAGUGUUACUGACAACAGGGUUGUAUUUGUAAAGCCAAUUUAUAGCCAAUCAGAUGACAGCAUACUGUUAAUAUAAUGUUGUGUAACCUUUUAAAAUAUAUAUGCAAGAAACCUCAGCUAUGGAAACAGCAUAAGAAAUCAAUACCAUUUCUACCUGCAACCGGGAUGCUGCAAGCACACUAUCUGGCCUUCGAGAAUAGGUCAAGUAAUGGGGGGUGUCCAAAGUUACAGAGCAAGUUGAUAGUUCAACUAGAAGUUGGACUGGGAUCCUCCUCGUUCCAAGUCCUAUAACUGUUACCAUUGGAAUAGAUACGUGUUGUGUAUUUUCGUGGGCAGAUGUACUUCAUAUAUGUACAUAGGACACAAGUGUGCAGAGCAUUCCUGUAUGUCCCGUGUAGUUCUUGUGCCCCUGCAGGAUUUCAGACUGUGAAAAUUCCUUGCUGUGGGAAAACUGUGCUUUUCAAACAUCCAUUCUAUAUGUGUUAUGACAGUAUAGUCAGAGAGAUGUACAAUACAGGCAAACUGACAACAAUAACAAAUUAAGAUUGUGUGAAAAUUUAAAAAUCGUGUUUCAGUGUAGCUGCUUAAUAUUUGGUAUUAAAAUGCACUAUAAUCUAA